GGCCCUGGUGGCCCUGGGAUGGGGAACCUUGGUGGCUUCCACGGAGAUUUUGGCAGUGGCAUCCAGAGCCGGGGUCGCGACCGUGGACGGGGCCGGGGCCGAGGCCCCGGAGAUCGCGGAGGCAAGGCCAAGGAUAAGGAGUGGAUGCCUGUCACAAAGCUGGGCCGCUUUGUCAAGGACAUGAAGAUCAAGUUCCUGGAGGAGAUCUGUCUCUUCUCCCUGCCCAUUAAGCAAGGUAUGAUCAUUGACUUUUUCCUGGGGGCCUCUCUCAAGGAUGAGGUUUUGAAGAUUAUGCCAGUGCAGAAGCAGACCCGUGCCGGCCAGCGCACCAGGUUCAAGGCUUUUGUUGCUAUCGGGGACUACAAUGGCCACGUCGGUCUGGGUGUUAAGUGCUCCAAGGAGGUGGCCACCGCCACCCGUGGGGCCAUCAUCCUGGCCAAGCUCUCCAUUGUCCCCGUGCUCAGAGGCUACUGGGGGAACAAGAUCAGCAAGCCCCACACCGUCCCUUGCAAGGUGACAGGCCGCUGCGGCUCUGUGCUGGUGCACCUCAUGCCUGCACCCAGGGGCACUGGCAUCGUCUCUGCACCUGUGCCCAAGAAGCUGCUCAUGAUGGCUGGUAUCGAUGACUGCUACACCUCAGCCCAGGGCUGCACUGCCACCCUGAGCAACUUCUCCAAGGCCACCUUUGAUGCCAUUUCUAAGACCUACAUCAACCUGACCCCUGACCUCUGGAAGGAGACUGUAUUUACCAAGUCUCCCUGUCAGGAAUUCACUGACCACCUCGUCAAGACCCACACCAGCAUCUCCUUGCAGCGGACCCAGGCUCCAGCUGUGGCUACAACAUAGGGUUUUUAUACAAGAAAAAUAAAGUGAAUUAAGCAUUAAAAAAAAAGGUUAAUUCCUUUAGUUUCUGGAGGUCACCUUUAAUUUGACCUAUGAUUUAGGGGUGGCCGACCAAACAAAAUCUUAUACGGCAAAUACCUAGUUUGUCUGUUGAGGGUGCACCUGACUCGGAGGAGGACGGUAGGCAAAAACCUGAUUUUAUCUUAAAUGAAUUUCCUGGCAAUAUUUUUUUCAGUAGCUGCUCGAGUGUCCAGUUCAUGUGUUCCACCUUUUCUUGAAGUUUGUGGCCGAUAGGCUGUGUGUAACUUCCAUUUUAUUUUUAACAGUCUUGUUAAAUCUUGCACUAUUUCAGCUACAAAUGCUGGCCUAUUGUCUAACUUUAAAGUUAGAGGUAGUCUAAACCUGGGGAUAAUGUCUUUUAACAGUACUCUAGUCACUUCUUGUACUUUUUCUGUCCUGGUGGGGAAAACUUUAACUUACCCUGAAAAGGUGCAAAGAAACAUUAGCAUGUACCGAUAGCCUCCAGCACGGGGCAGUUCUGUAAAGUCCAUGAGCAAGUUUUCACAAGGUAUGGCUCUUUGUCCUGUUUAAGUUUCUUAGAGGAGGGUUUCUUCCCCCUACCCGGCCUUUGUAACUUUAUCUAGUGGCUUAGCCUUCAGUGAGAAGCUGGAAUACAGAUACGGCAGAAUCUUGCUGCUUUUAACUUCUAAUGUGACCAUGGGCUCCUGGGAGCCUAAUGAGAAGGUGCCUAGUCUGCCCUAGUCUUUACAUUCUUCAGCUCCUGUCAGCCUGAUCAGAUCAGUAUUUGGUUCCUCCAAGGUGCAGCAGCCCUUGGCCGAUGGCCUCUUUGUCUUGCGGCCUUGGCCAUUUCCUUUAUUGCCUUCUGAACAUUUACCCUUCUAGUGUCCUUUCUUUUUGCAUCUCGUACGUUAAUCUCUCUCUAGCCUUGUCUAGUUCUUGAAUACUUGCCUAACUUGACUUCUUUCUUGUCUACAUCCAC